AUGGAACUUGAAGAACUUAAGGCACAAAUCCAAGCAUGCUACGCAAAACGACGAGGACGAAUCGAAGAAGAGAUAGCAGUAACUGAGACAGCAAUCGAAGACUUGGAGGUGCUGAUGAUCCGAAAUCGCCGAAGUUAUGACGAGCAGACGAAGCGGACUAAUUCGAUGCGCAAGAAGCCAGUCAACAAGCUUCGUAAAAUCAUAACAGGGGUCUGUUGUAACAAGAGACGGACAAAUCGAUUGAAGGCUUGGAGCAUGUGCAGCUCCUGGUUUUUUGGGCCAAGUUCAAAUAAAGCAAAACAUAAACUGCACAAAAUCGAAGCCGAACCGCAGAUGCUACGAAUAACCUUCGGAGACUUUAGAACAGUGGAAGUGGGAAACAGUGCACGAGAGAUUCAGCGAAGAAUCAAGCUCCGCGAACAGUGGUUGAAAGCAAACCAGUGCUGGAUUAUGGUAUAUCAAGACAUGCUUCAAAAGAAACACGAACGGUGGAGAAGGGAAGUGAGCGCAAUGCGCCUACGGUUGCAGGCAAUUGAGGCAACAGAGGGUUUUGUCUAUGCGGUAUUCGGUGGGGGACCAUCUGGCCUUCUUCGUAAUCAGAUCAAAUUAGAGAAAGCUGGUCCAAAGGCAUCACUGCUUGGUCAACCUCUCACAAAGGACGACAAAAUAUGGCUUGGUCGACGACGCAAAGAUAUAGAAUCAAUAAUAACCCAACCCUCUUGUGACAGGAUAAAGCAAAUUGAACUGCAGCUGAGAACUAGCGGUCUAGCCACUGUAGAGACCGCAUCAAGGUGCUCAUCGCCUGUGCAACCUCCAGACACGCACCCGUUGCUCAAGCACCAAGCCCAGUUAAAAGAAGCAAUACAAGGCGACAGAGAUGAAUUACGAAAAGUCAGCAAGCAACUGCAGCAGAGACUUGAGGAGGAGAAGGUCUUAAAGGAAGAAUGGGAGAAAGUGUUCGAAAAGCUGCGACAAAAUUAUUCAAAAUCCGAACAGGAGUAUCGUACACAAAUGGAUGAACGCAACACAAGAUUGAAGGAGCUGAACACCCAAAUCGAACAACUUCAUUUGGACGAAGCAAUGCGUUUGAAGAAUGCGGCACUGAAAUAUUUGGAACGAAAACAAUUCAUUCAAGGUUUGAAUCGAGAAUUUGCGUUCCUUGGUGUGUCUCAGUCGUUCGGUCGAUGGCAUCGGGAUGGGGAAGAAUGGGAGAAAGUGUUCGAAAAGCUGCGACAAAAUUAUUCAAAAUCCGAACAGGAGUAUCGUACACAAAUGGAUGAACGCAACACAAGAUUGAAGGAGCUGAACACCCAAAUCGAACAACUUCAUUUGGACGAAGCAAUGCGUUUGAAGAAUGCGGCACUGAAAUAUUUGGAACGAAAACAAUUCAUUCAAGGUUUGAAUCGAGAAUUUGCGUUCCUUGGUGUGUCUCAGUCGUUCGGUCGAUGGCAUCGGGAUGGUCAAACAUGGAGCACUGACGUUGUCAUCCGUGUUGGUGAAAUAAGUGCUCAGGUCAGUUUUCUGAUCUCUUUGAAAUUACGUCUGAGUAUUCGUUUCGGAGGCGCUUUGACCACACAUACAACGGAAGGUGACUGCUCCAGCCGCACGCGGACCAGCAGUCGUUCUUGGCCCCACGGCUUUUCAACGAAUCUCGAGGCCCCUACGUGCAAAUCAGCCGUGUACACAAUUGGAUCACGUGGCUGUCAGCCGCCAACUAGGCGAAAGCAACAACGAUCCAUAUACGUAUUCACCUUUUGGAUAAUACAGCAGAUGGUCCCAACGCCAUUAGCAAGGUUCAAUAUCGUAACA